AUGGCUGCGCGAACCGACUUUGAUGCCAAUCCUGAAAUGGCUGGUUCUCAGACAGACGAAAAGCAAAACUCCGAUUCUCGGCUUGAGAACACUACAGCAGUCGAUCCAGCUCUUGAGAAGCUUCUCGUGCGCAAGCAGGAUGCUCGUAUCAUUCCGUUGGCCGCAGGUAUCUACCUGCUGUGUUACUUGGAUCGCUCCAAUAUUGGCAAUGCCAAAGUCCUCAAUCACACCACGGGUCAUGAUCUUCUCUCCGAGACAAACAUGUCUAACUAUGACUUCACAAUUGCACUAAUGAUCUUCCUCAUCGCCUAUGCGCUAUUCGAGGUGCCAUCUAAUUAUUUCCUCAAAAAGAUGAAACCCAGCAGAUGGAUUGCUUUUCUCAUGUUCUCUUGGGGAACAAUUACCAUCUGUCUUGGUGCUGCUCAUAGUUUUGCUGUAGUGACCGUUUUACGUUUCUUGCUGGGAGUUUUCGAAGCUGGCCUUUUCCCGGGACUCGUCUACUAUCUCACUUUCUGGUACAAGCCCGAGGAACGAUCAGUCCGAGUUGCAACCAUCUUAGCAUCAGCUACCCUGGCUGGAGCGUUUGGUGGUGCUAUUGCAUACGGCGUUGGCCACAUGAACCAAGUACACGGACUUUCCGGUUGGCGAUGGCUUUUCAUCCUCGAGGGCAUCCCUUCUGUGCUAUCAUCGUUCUUGGUCUGGUUCUGCCUCCCCGAUUUCCCCGAGUCGGCGAGCUGGCUCUCGGCCGAAGAAAAGGAUGUUGCAGCUUAUCGACUGGCUGAGCAAGGAUCGCACGGUGAUAGCAAGUCCAUGACAUGGGAGGACGCAAAGUCGACCAUCUUGGAAUGGAGACUAUGGUGCCAUUACUUGAUCUACUUUGGCAUUUCAGCUCCCUUUUCGAGUUUGUCGCUUUUCACGCCUUCGAUUACUGCUGGUCUAGGAUUUGCGGAUCUCCGAGCCCAACUGAUGACCGUGCCUCCUUACGCAGCGGCUUAUGUUGUGACACUACUUGUUUCAUGGUCUGCGGACAAGUACAAUGCUCGUGCACUUCAUUCUGCAGUGUUUUCCCUGGUUGGGGCCGUGGGAUUUAUUGCUUCCGCAUCGCUCCCUGCUGAUUCUUACAGCCCUCGCUACGGAUGUCUUAUAGUUGCAGCCUGCGGUUCGUUUGCCUGUAUUCCGCCUCUCUUAGGUUGGUUGUCGUCCAACUUGCACUCUACAGCUGCCAUCGGUCUGGCUAUUGCGUUGAACAUCUCCAUGGGCGCCCCUGGACAAAUUGUUGGCGUUUGGAUCUACAAAGCUGACGAAGCGGCCAAGGGCUAUCCCACCGGUCACUGGGUCAACGCCGGUCUGCUUCUCUUUGUGACUGUAGGUUGCCUCGGUAUGCAUGCUUACUACGUCUGGAGAAACAAGCGUGCAGCUGGUACCGAUCAACCUCGGUUCAAGUACUGA